ACCAACUCGUGUGUCACCUACCCCUCCCCUACACACCCUCACAGCCACUCUCCCCUCCUCCUCCUCCCCACCCUCUCUCGCACGACCUCUCUCUUCCUCAACUCCCUGUCCCCUGCCUCCUGCCUCGCCACCAUCAUCUCUGUCGAUCCCUGCCACUCCGAAUCAUCAUCAUCAUCCCUCUCCACAUCUCUCGUCCUCAACUCCCUGUCCCCUGCCUCCCCACAAGCCAUCAUCACCAUCAUCAUCAUCUCUGUCGAUCCCUGCCACUCCGAAUCAUCAUCAUCAUCCCUCUCCACAUCUCUCGUCCUCAACUCCCUGUCCCCUGCCUCCCCACAAGCCAUCAUCACCAUCACCAUCAUCUCUGUCGAUCCCUGCCACUCUGAAUCAUCAUCAUCAUCAUCCUCCCUCUCCUCAUCUCUCUCUCUCUUCCUCAACUCCCUGUCCCCUGCCUCUCCACAAGCCAUCAUCACCAUCAUCAUCACCACCAUCAUCUCUGUCGAUCCCUGCCACUCCGAAUCAUCAUCAUCCUCCCUCUCCUCAUCUCUCUCUCUCUUCUUCAACUCCCUGUCCCCUGCCUCCCCACAAGCCAUCACCACCAUCAUCAUCACCACCAUCAUCUCUGUCGAUCCCUGCCACUCUGAAUCAUCAUCAUCAUCAUCAUCCCUCUCCCCAUCUCUCUCUCUCUUCUUCAACUCCCUGUCCCCUGCCUCCCCACAAGCCAUCAUCAUCACCACCAUCAUCUCUGUCGAUCCCUGCCACUCUGAAUCAUCAUCAUCAUCAUCCCUCUCCCCAUCUCUCUCUCUCUUCUUCAACUCCCUGUCCCCUGCCUCCCCACAAGCCAUCAUCAUCACCACCAUCAUCUCUGUCGAUCCCUGCCACUCCGAAUCAUCAUCAUCAUCAUCCCUCUCCCCAUCUCUCUCUCUCUUCUUCAACUCCCUGUCCCCUGCCUCCCCACAAGCCAUCACCACCAUCAUCAUCACCACCAUCAUCUCUGUCGAUCCCUGCCACUCUGAAUCAUCAUCAUCAUCAUCCCUCUCCCCAUCUCUCUCUCUCUUCUUCAACUCCCUGUCCCCUGCCUCCCCACAAGCCAUCAUCAUCACCACCAUCAUCUCUGUCGAUCCCUGCCACUCUGAAUCAUCAUCAUCAUCAUCCCUCUCCCCAUCUCUCUCUCUCUUCUUCAACUCCCUGUCCCCUGCCUCCCCACAAGCCAUCAUCAUCACCACCAUCAUCUCUGUCGAUCCCUGCCACUCCGAAUCAUCAUCAUCAUCAUCCCUCUCCCCAUCUCUCUCUCUCUUCUUCAACUCCCUGUCCCCUGCCUCCCCACAAGCCAUCACCACCAUCAUCAUCACCACCAUCAUCUCUGUCGAUCCCUGCCACUCUGAAUCAUCAUCAUCAUCAUCAUCCCUCUCCCCAUCUCUCUCUCUCUUCUUCAACUCCCUGUCCCCUGCCUCCCCACAAGCCAUCAUCAUCACCACCAUCAUCUCUGUCGAUCCCUGCCACUCUGAAUCAUCAUCAUCAUCAUCCCUCUCCCCAUCUCUCUCUCUCUUCUUGAACUCCCUGUCCCCUGCCUCCCCACAAGCCAUCAUCAUCACCACCAUCAUCUCUGUCGAUCCCUGCCACUCUGAAUCAUCAUCAUCAUCAUCCCUCUCCCCAUCUCUCUCUCUUCCUCAACUCCCUGUCCCCUGCCUCCCCACAAGCCAUCACCACCAUCAUCACCAGCAUAACCUCUGCCACUCCUCCUCUCUGAAUCAUCCUCCUCCCUCUCCCCAUCUCUCACUGCCCCGUGACUCUCUCCCCAUCUCUUUCUCUUCCUCAACUCCCUGUCCCCUGCCUCCCCACAAGACAUCACCACCAUCAUCACCACCAUCACCACCAUCAUCUCUGCCACUCCUCUCUGAAUCAUCAUCAUCAUCAUCCUCCUCCAUCUCCCCAUCUCUUCUCUUCCGGGAUGUCAAACAUCUGCUGCAAGACUUUACCCUCUGCGCGGCGAGCUGCAUGGAGCAUGAUGUUCAUAAGUUGACGGGAAGACGAAGAAGAGACGAAGCCUCCACCACGCACCACGCACAGAGGGAAGGAGGAGACGUCGCAUCUUGAGCCAAAGCGAGUGACCCCAACCCACGGCCUCACCCCCCCCCCCCAGCUCCCGCCCCCCCACCACCGCCGCCCUGCCUUGCCCGGUCAACAAAUCGGACGACCCAGCAGCAACAGCAGCGCGCGGCCCCGCCCCUAACGUUCCCAAGCCUGGACUCCCCUGCCCAACAGUGGGCCCAUGCUGCGGGUCACUGACGUCACAGCUGCAAGUCAGCUGACGCUCGGCAGCCAAUCACCGUCGGACGGUCACGAGGAGGCAGCGUCGACAUCCAGUGAGGAGAGGCUUCAGGACGGAUUCCUCCUGUCUCACAGCUGCCCCCUGUGCGAGGAAAUCUGCGACUCGGCCCGUGACCUCACCUCUCACAUCCGCCAACACAAUGGCGGGGUGAGCACGCCCAGUGGGAACGCGUGCGGGAUCUGCGGCAAGUUCCUGAGUUCCGCGAGCUCGCUCGAUAGGCACAUGCUCGUGCACUCCGGGGAGAGGCCACACCGCUGCCGCGUUUGCCAGCAGGCGUUCACCACCAGCGGAAACAUGCAGAGGCACCUGAAGAUUCACGAGAAAGACCCAGGCCCCAGCCUGUCUCCGGCACGGGCGUCCAUGGCAAACGCCAGCAGUGCUGCCGAGCCAAGCCCCGAGCAGCCGUCCUGCCAGAGUACUGAGGUGUGCGUGCCCCUGGACGCCGGCUCCUCCGCGGACCCCGUGGGGGAUGCGAACCGGAAGGACGUCCCCGUGAGGCCGAGGCCUCGCCGCCCGUCGGCACGGAAGAGGGCGAGCGCCGACAUCGUGGAGGCCGGAGCUCCGCUGCUCCUGAAGAAGCCCCGGCACAAAAUGAGCCUAGAAGUGGGCGAAGAUUCCAGACACUGUCCCGUCUGCCUCAAGCCGUUCGUCUGUGAGCUCGGAGUGGAUUUGCACCUUGCCUCGCACUCCCCACCCGCACAGCUCAGGUGCCACCACUGCAACGCGCCGUCGGUCCGCACGCCGCGCAGCUUCCUGCGCCACGACUCGGGCGCCCGCCGGCAGCACGAGAACGGCACGGCCAACGGCGUCGACUCAUCCUCCUCGUCCUCCUCCUGCACGGCCAACCUCGUUCAGUUCUCGGUCGGGGUGGAGGGAGCGGAGGGGAUCCACGCGACGGUCGGACACGGGCAGGCGGGCGCAAACUCCGUGCCCGUUGGCUUCCGCGACCUCAGCUUCAUCGACUUCAGCUGCGACAAGUUCCCCAAGAUCGCACAGGUGUGGUGCGAGCGGAACGUGCGACGCUGCAUCAGCCGCUACCACCGCUUCGUGUGCGACGACUGCGGCAAGGCCUUCCCGGUCAUGGCGGCGCUCUCCCUCCACCGUGACAUCCGCCACCCGGCGUCGGCACGCGCGCCCGGCAAGCGCUCGGCAAGGCGGCUCCCCCCCGCCCCAGCGCCUGCGGCCCCUCCCACGGUCGCCGCGGACGUCGACGACGGCCCCGACGGCGCCGUCCCCGCCGAGCAGCUCUCGUUCCUGGCGUCGCUGAACCUGCGGCCUUCCCCGGCGAACGACGGUGCGGCGGCACCGGCGAAGCCCGAGAAGCCGUUGGCUCGCCUCUCCCCUCCGCCGGCGCCGGCGCGGUCGCAGUCCCCGUCGGCCAGCGAGGCCCCGUCGGGCGCCGCCGUCUUCCUGGGCCUCCUGUCGUUGUGCCCUGUCGCGUCGCCCGAGCAGAGGCCCAAGCGGCCCAACCCUGGCCGCUCGCGCCAGGGCACGGUGAUGCAACAGCUGCAGCUGGUGCAACAGCAUCAGCAGCAGCAGCAGGCGGCGGCGGUGCGGCACGCGCAAGUGGAGGGGGACGGCGCCGUCUCGCUGGUGCGGGGCGGCGUCGUGCUGCGCGGCGCCGAGUUCACCGUCCGCGCCGCCGCCGCCCGGCGCCCGAGGCCGGGGCAGCCGUCGGGGAACUCCGACGACGGCGACCCUUCCCCGCAGAAGGGCUUCAUCAUCCGCCCUGACAGCAGCAUGGUGGUGGUGCCCAUCGUGUGCGAGUCGGCCUCCGAGCUGGGCUGCGCCGGCGGGCGGCAGCAGCAGCAGCAGCAGCAGCGCCAGCAGCAGCAACAGCAACAUGGGCGCGACGGUGGCGGCGACGGAAGCGGCGAAACCAACCCCGUGUCCAGGCUGACGGAGAUGUGCGACCGCGCCCUGGUGGACGUGGGGACGGCCGAGCCGUCGCCGUCAGGGACCGUCCCGUUUCUGACGCCGCCUCCGCCGCCGCUCUCCAAGGUCGCCCCCCCGCCGAGGGGCGAGGAGGGCGAGCUCCCGCCGUCGCUGGCGCCGCGCCAGGCGGCCCGCCUGCGCCCGAUGCCGCAGCUGAAGCCAAAGCCGCCCCCUCCGCCCCCGCCGCCGCUGGCCGCUCGCUGCACCUCCCCGACGGACGCGUCAACCGACGCGUCGUCGGCGGCGCAGCGGCGGCGGCAGUACGCGGUGGCGGCGCCGCCUCCGCCGCCCCUGCGGCUCAUCCGGCCCGUGGCCGCGGCCAUGACGGGUGCCGGCGAGCCGGUCGUGCUGCCGCCGCUGCCGCCUCUUCCGUCGUCGGGUGGCCUGCUGCUGCACGGGGAGGACGCGCGCUCGCCCUGCAGGGCGGACGGCCGCCGGGCGCAGGAGAUACUGCGCAGGGUGCUGGAGCAGGGCGUCGCGGCGGCGUUGGACGGCGGCGGCGGCGGCGGCGCCGGCGCCGAACCGUCGGAGCCCUCCGCCCGCUCGUUCCGCCCGACGGAGCGCAAGCCGUCGCCGAACCUGCGGCGCGUGCUCGAGGCGACCGACUCGUUCUGCUGGGCCGAGAACGCCGAACGCUUCCUGGGGCGCGAGGUGAAGCAGGAGGAGAGAGGCGGUAACGGCGGUGGCGGCGCCGACGCCGGUGCCGGGGAGGCCCAGCAGUCGCCGCUGCUACGGCGGCGCCGGGAGGACGAGGAGGAGGCGGUGGCGGCGAUGAUGGCGAUGACGGGGCAGCGCGUGGAGACGGCGGCGCCGUCCUCCGGCAUCGUCGGCGUCGGGUCGCAGUGCGCCGUGUGCCGGCACGCGGCUCCAGACCGCGCGGCGCUGCUGCGCCACCUGCGCGACCGCCACGGGCGCGAGCGGCCCUUCGCUUGCCGCGUCUGCCUCUACCCGUUCACGCUCAAGGCCAACUGCGAGCGCCACCUCAAGCGCCGGCACGGCCUCACGGCGCGGCCCGACAUCGACGUCCGGAUCGAGCUGCUGGCCUCACCAGGCAUCGUCGGGGCGGCCGUGGCCAGGGCUCACGCGGUGAAACGCGAGCGGCCCGCCGUGUCGCGCGGCGGCGGCGGCGACGACGACGAGGACGACGCGCCCCCGCUGUCUCUCGUCGCCGGUGCUCUGCCCAACGGCUUCUUGAGCGCCGGCGUUUACCGCCGAGUCGGCGGCGGCUCAAAGAUUGCCGUCGAGCCGGACCCGCGAAUCCUGCCGGCGAACGGGCGGCCGCCGGAAUCCGGCCGGCCGACGGAGAACGGCACGGUCGGCGUCGGCGCCACCGGCAGGUCGCCGGCCGACGACUUUGGGGAGCUCGCCGUGGCGGUGGCGAAGGUGCGAGGGAGACGGCCUCGGGGCGCCGGGCUCGGGGGGCGGCACAAGCCGUACCGGUGCCGGCAGUGCCGCAACAUCUUCUCGACGCGCAGCAACGUGUACCGGCACGUGCAGAGCCAUCACGCCGAGGCCGUGGCGGCGUCCGGGGGGGACGCGUCGCACUGGGUCACCUACGUCGACCCGCCGCUGCCGCCGGCACCGCCGGCUCCUGCCGACUCCACGGGUAAAACUGCGGCACCGGUGGUUAUGCCAAAGAUGGAACGCGUGCACGUCAACGGAACCAGGGGAGGAGGAGAAGAAGAGGGGGAGGUGGCAGACGGUCGCGGCGGUGGCGGCGGCGGUUACGUCGUGGAGAACGGGGGGUGUCGAUUCGUGGACGGCGCCAAGCCCAGCGCGGCCACCAUCUCCGCCGCCCAGCGCUCGCUCAAGAACGGGCUGCUGUUACCGGCCGGCUACUCCCGGCUGUCGAUGUUCUCCGCGGGUUCGGCGUUCCGGCCCGCGCGCUCCUCCGGCAUCCCCGCCGUGACGGUGAAGACGGAGUACUGCCCGCCGUGGGAAGGCUGGCGGCGGCGGCGUCUGCACCAAAGUCGAUCGCGACGACGACGACGACGACAACAUGGAGCCCAUCGACCUGUCGCUGCCGAAGCGGCGGGACUGCUCCACGACGACCGGAGCGAACGGAACGACGACCGGAUCGGCCGUGGCGACGGCGGGCAAGGAGGAGCUGGCGCGGAAGAACGCCUCGCACUGCCUCGCCCAGCUGGCCACCAAGCACAGCCUCAUGGCUGCGCCGGAGCGGCCGGGCCCCGGGGAGGCGUUUGCCGCCGGCUCGCGCUGCGCUUGGGCGGCGGCGGCGGCCGAGGGAGGCCUGGGCAACGCCGCGUGCCACCCGCUGAUGCAGCUGGCGUCGCUUGCCGCCGGCUCGCUGGGCUACGGCGGCGAUUGCGGCGGCGUCGGCGUCGUCGGCGGCGGCGAGGAAUCCGGAGGGAAGGAGCUGCAGGCGCUGGCGGAACUGUCGCGGCUUUUCAUCGGCUGCCGCGGCGGCGCGACGAGGGGGAUGUUGCCCCCGGUGGCGGUGGCGAAGGCGGCGGCGGCGGCGUCGGUGGCGUCGAGUGGACCCCUGCGGGACGCAGAGGCGUCCUCCGUCGUGGAGGUGCCCGUGCAAGUCUCGGAGCGCCGCUCUGCAAGUCCGGACGCGUUUCCCUCCGCGAGGAACGGCGGCGGCGGCUGCGGCGUCGGCGACUCGUCGGACAGACGGCAAUCGGCGGAGCUCGCCGUCGACCGCGGCAGCGAUGUCUGGCGGCUGCCGUCUUCGCCUCCGAUCGCAGCUCCGAUUGCUGCCGCCGCCGCCGCAGCCGCUGCUUCGGAUUUCUCGCCACCGAGCGCCAAGCGCCAGCGGAAAAACAGUCGCAGAAAGUCCUCCACCGUCCUCGAGACUCCCCCGGGCGGGCGCCCGUCCGAAGACGGCGGCGAUUGCGGCGUCGGCAGCGUCGGCGUCGGCGCUGCCGAUUUCCUAGUCGGCAGCGAGAGGGAGGAUUCGUUGGCGGGCGAGGACGGCGACGACGAUGACGGCGACGAGGAGGAGGAGGAUUCGGAGUCGGCGGGGGGAGCGGGAGCGGAAGGGAAGCUGCGCUGCCCCGAGUGUCCCCGCACGUUCACCAAGACCAGCGCCCUGCGGCGGCACACGUUCACGCACACAGGUCAAAAGCCCUUCGUGUGCGGCGACUGCGGCGCCAAGUUCACCACCAAAUCCAACUGCAACCGGCACCAGCGGCAGAAGCACGGCGCGCCGCUUCUGGGCAGGGGGGGCGGCGCGGCCGCGCGGCUCGCGGCGGCCGCAGCUGCGGCGGCCGCCUCCGCC